UUCGGAAACACCUGCUAUUGCAAUUCCGUUAUUCAAGCGCUGUACUUUUGUCGACCAUUCCGGGAAAAGAUAUUGCAGUAUAAACAACAGUUAAAGAAAUCAGGAAGUCAAAAAGAAAAUCUUGUUACUUGUCUUGCUGAUUUGUUUCACAAUAUUGCUACACAAAAACGUCGUGUAGGGACUAUAGCUCCAAAGCGGUUCAUAACUAAGUUGAAAAAGGAAAAUGAGCUAUUCGACAAUUAUAUGCAACAGGAUGCCCACGAGUUCUUGAACUAUCUACUUAAUACAGUCUCAGAGACCCUGAUUGAGGAAAAGAAUGCCGAACGUGACCGUAUGCUAAGGAACGGAACUCUUCGUAAAGGGACCUUGAAUACUGAGAGAGGACGCGAUGAAACUGGCGGUACUUCUUCGAAAGUGGACACAACAUGGAUACAUGAAAUCUUCCAAGGCACUUUGACGAAUGAAACACGUUGUCUGUGCUGUGAAACGGUUUCAAGCAAGGAUGAAGAUUUUCUCGAUUUGUCUGUGGACAUAGAUCAGAAUGCUUCCAUCACCCACUGCUUACGAGUGUUCAGCGAGACAGAAACGUUGUGCGGAGACCAGAAGUACUUUUGUGAAACGUGUUCAUCGAAGCAAGAGGCCCAAAAACGUAUGCGCAUCAAGCGGCUACCCCACAUGCUGGCAUUGCAUUUGAAGAGGUUCAAAUAUAUGGACCAAUUAAGCCGCUACACGAAACUUUCAUAUCGUGUCUUGUUCCCACUGGAAUUGCGUCUGUUCAAUGUGAGCGAUGACGCCUCGAAUGGUGAUCGUCUUUAUGAUCUAGUUGCUGCGGUCGUUCACUGUGGAGCUACUCCAAAUCGUGGCCAUUAUAUCACCAUUGUCAAGAGCAACUCAUUUUGGUUAUUAUUCGACGAUGACAUUGUGGAUAAAAUGGAUAUAUCAUCUAUGGAGGACUUUUUCGGAUUGUCCGAUGGAGGAUUACAGAAGAACUCGGAAUCAGCUUAUAUUCUGUUCUAUCAAGCUCGAGAUUGCCCAGAUCUACUGAAAUCGAACGGAUCCGCCUUCUCUAAUCAUGCUUCAAUAUAA